AUGUAUUACGAUGAAUGGUUGAGACUUGGCGAGAGACUUGGAUUGUCCGGUGGAGACUUGAUCCUUUUCAUCAAAGAUAAGGAAGAGGAAUGUAUAGCAAGGGAAGAGAGAGCCCAACGACGUGAUGAAGAAAGGAGACAGAUGGAGAUGAACUUUGAACUGCAAAUGAAGGAGAGAGACUUAGAGAUUGAGCGUUUGAGGGUCAACAGAGUAGACAGUACUGAUACUUGUAAGGCGUACAGACCUAAGAUUCCAAAGUUUGAUGAAGAGCACGAUAACAUUGACGCAUAUCUGGAAAGGUUUGAGAGAUAUGCUCAAAGUCAAAAGUGGGAAGAGGAGAGCUGGGCCAUAAGUCUUAGCUCACUUUUAACAGGAAUGGGACUGGAGGUGUACACAAGCAUGCCACAAGAAGAGGCCUGUAAUUACGAUUCUCUCAAGAAAGCGAUCCUAAGGAGGUAUCAGUUGACUGAAGAGGGAUUCAGAUCUAAAUUUCGACAAAGUAAACCAGACCAAGGAGAGUCGGUCUUCCAAUUUGUGUCAAGAAUAAAGAGAUACUUCAGUCGUUGGACUGAACUAGCUGGAAUAGAAAAGACGUAUGAAUCCUUAUGUGAUUUAAUGAUAAGAGAGCAGUUUAUUGAAGGUUGUUCAGCCGAAUUAGCGGUGUUUCUGAAAGAGAGAACACCAAAGUCGAUGGACGAGAUAACACGUCUUGCAGAGCAGUACAUCGAAGCACAUAAGGGGACACCUUCAAUAUUGUCGAAGAGUGUUGCGCCUCAAAGGAAGCACAACUCCACCAGUCAUGAGCAGUCCAGUCGAAAGACAGAAGAGAAGAAUGGGUUGCGGAAAACCUGCUUUAUAUGUAAUAAAGCAGGUCAUUUAGCGCGUGACUGUAGACAAAACAGCAGGAGUAACACUCCAAAGAGUUGCUUUAUCUGUAAUAAAGCAGGACACUUAGCCAGAGAUUGUAAGCAGAUGAGAUCAGCUCCAGCAAAGAAUGACCAGAAGUUAGCAGCAGUGUGUGUUCAAACGGAUGUAAAAAACAGUCCAUUGAAAAACAAUACUGAAGACGGAAAAUUGAAGUUGGCAAGUGGGAGUCAGUUCCAAUACUUGCAGGAGUUUGUACCAUUGAUAGCUUAA